AUCGAAUUGUGGCAACUGAAGGCUGAAAAACAGUGAUAUAUUUCAGCGAUCUUAUCCCGGGCAUCUGGUCAAAUGUUGGAUGCGAAUCCCAAAAAUGUCUGUACCAAUUCAACCAUGUGCCUUUUCUGCCGAAACAAAUGGGAGGAUAGAUGGCGAAUAUCAGGUCUGGUUUUAUUCACUAUCGCACUAAUUUUGGUACUCAUAAUAAUUCUCAGCAAAAAAUUACACGAUCCAUCUAUAAAGAAUACCAUCUUCAUUAUUACAACCUUGAUUAUUAUGAUUGUUGGUGUGAGAUUACUGACUCUAGAUGGAAAAUGGUAUGAAUACACCAUUGCUGUCUCUGUGCCAUAUAUGUCGACAAUUUACGGUAUCAUUUUGGGUGAGAAGUUGCAAGGUUCAGCAAAAAAGUGGAAGAUACUAAUGAUUUCAGUUUCCUGUGCAUUGCUAUCACUUGGGAUUCUCUUUUCUAUUUUAAUGAUAGUUUACAUGGAACCGUGUGAUUCGUAUGCGUGUAAAAUUCCAUUCUCAGUUUUGUCGUUCACUUGUUGGUGCAGUGCAAUGUUCAUUGUGAUGAUACUCACCGCAUAUUAUUUUCUCAAGUUCUGCGAACUGGUAGAAUACUCUAUAUUUUUUGUGACAUUGAUAGUUUUUGUUGAAAACUUCUUAUUGUAUAUUAUUUCACUAUUUCAUGUCAACUAUUUUUUCCAUUGUUUUUGUACAACUAAGGAUUCUAGUUGGAGCGAUUAUCGAGGGUUAGUAAUUCACCAUACUUCAUAAAAACACGUUCUAAUCCAUCUACGUUAAAUAUUUUCUACUUCAUCUUAAACCGUAACGCGAUUGAUUUUUGCUUGAUAUUCUCUCAAAUUUCCCUUGAAUAUAAUUCUAUAAAAC